UGUGUUGUUGCGACCAUCUGGAUGGUAUACGUGACUGAACCCACUUAAGACUUCUACAUGAACUUUUAAGAUUCUGGUGGGUUAGGGCAGAGGUUUACUCAUUUUAUGGCUGCCUGAGACAAUACUUAAUAGGACCAGGGUUCUGAUCAAGCAGGAAAAGAGAAAGCAAAAGGAAUAUUUUGAAAAGAAAAAGUUAAAGUCAAAAAUGCAAUUACUGGGAGUUUUAUCCCCUGUCAAAAAUUCCACUGUCAGUUUAGACCUCCUUAACCUAUAUGUGGUAAAUCAGAUCUCUUGCCAGAAGAAAACUCCUGAAACCGUGAGAAAACCAAUCCACGUGAAUAUGAAGAGAGACAUAAAAAUGUCCCUAAGAAAGCAUGAUUUAGAACUUCCAAUGUCGCCUCCUUGUGUACCAUCUAACCUCUGCAUUGAUGAUAUAGAAAACAAUAUACACUAUCAAAGACUAGGCAGCAAGGAAGACCUUGGCCCAGUUCAGUUAUCACCAGUUGUGGACGCAUGCAGAAUGUUUGAACCUCAGUUCAACAGAACAGAAAACUGCACCAUCUCUCCACUAUCUUUUUCAGCAGAAUUAUCUUCUAACAGACAUAUUACAAAACAAAAUUUCAUUCCCAGAAUAGUGCCUAGUCCUCGGAAAGUCGCAUAUGAGAAACAGAAUGAGCAGAUCAGUAAUGUUAAUUAUUCUAAUUCCUUGAUUUCCAAAUUAAAUGAAAGUCAAGAUGCUGUCAGUCCAUCAUAUAAAACAGCACAAUUUGGAACAUUUGAUAGAUUAAACAGUCCAGGAAAUAGGAAUUUCCUCCCUGGAAGACCUGCUAUGGAUAUGAGUGAAGAUCGUGAAAACAUGGAUGAGAGAAGACAGUUAGACUUCAUUACUGAAAACCAAUCAGUAGGACAUAUUUGGGGAGAAAAUAGAAAAGAGGUUUCAAAUUUUCUUGAAGAUGUGAACCAGCCAACCUCCAGCCUUUUACCAGAGAAAAUUGACUAUUUUAUUAAUGAAAAUGUGAUGAAUUUAUUAAGCAUAGAUCAACAGAGGAUAAAGAAAACAUUUGACAGGUGUGGUUGUGAAAGUAUGGGAGAUAUUUGUGCAGUCACUAGUUCUGAUAAAAACCAUCCCGUUGGUAGAUGCAUUAGAAGUAUUUUUACAGAUCCAGAAUUGACUUUUAGGAAUUCUAAUUUUAAUAAAACAAGUUAUCCAGAAAAGUGUUAUCCAAACAAGAACUAUCUGAAAGAGUACAACGGUAGUGAAAGAUAUAAUCUUAGUACAAAUUUUGAGAAGGAUUGUUACCCAGCCAGCUCUGAAAAAAAAGGAAAAUUUGAAAGUGAUUACCAGGACAAUACACCACAGAAAGAAAUCCAGAAAUAUCCAGUGAACCAUGCGGAUACUGUUCCUUUGGAAGAAUUACAGUAUAAGCAAUCAUGGAAUUUCGGACUUGGUGAGGUGCAGGUUUUAAAAGUUUUGAUACCAGAUGUGAGGUUCAAGCCAUUUGUUCCUCAGGGAGAAGCUUGGAGUUGUGGGUUCCCUCCCGAUUGUGAGUCGCCAUACCUGGGGUAA